AUGCGAGCUGCUAGACGAUGGUACCACUGUACCGGUUCUUACCGCGGUAUGGCCAGGACCCGGGUUCCAUCAGUUUACCUCAAAAUUGUGACUUAUAAGGGAAAAGAUCGAGUGGAAUUGAACACCAAGUUGACACCGCGUUACAUGGGGCCAUAUCGAAUCCUGGAAAGGAAUUGUCUGAUGGCAUAUAAGUUGGAAUUGCCGCCGGCCAUGGCAGCUUUUCAUCCGGUGUUUCACAUAUCUAUGCUAAGGAAAUGUAUAACGGGACGAGAUAAUGUGAUUUUCGAACCACCGCCUGAUCUACAGCUGAACAUGACGAUCAUCGGACGACCAGUUCGGAUAAUUGGUACUAAGAAGAGAGGUCCGCAUAAGAAGAAAAAGCUGAAAUUGAUCGAAGUGGUAUGGGAUUGUGAAGGAGUAGAGGAAAUAACUUGGGAACCGAAAGAAAUUAUGAAAGUAAAUUUCAAGAAGUGGUUCGACAAGAGGGAAGGUCCUCGGACAGAGAGCAAAGAUUCGAGGACGAGUCGUCCUUAG